AUAACUUUGCGUAGCACACUAUCCAGAUGUUAUCACUUGAAAUUCUUAGACCUUGGAGGCCAUGAUAGUUAUAAAUUACCAAAAGAUAUUUGCCGCCUUGUCAAUUUAUGCCAUUUGUGUGUUAAAAAAGAACUCCAUUCCAAUGUUCCUUGGGUUGAAAGAUGAAGUGCUUACGGGAGCUGAAACAAUUCUGUGUGCAAAAAGAGAGUGCUGGAUUUGAACUAAGUGAGUUGGGGGAACUAACAGAGCUUGGAGGAGAACUCAAUAUACAUAAUCUCGAGAAGGUGGCAACCAAGGAAGAUGCCACAACAGCCAAACUUCUAUAUAAAAGAGAUUUGAAAGAGCUGAGUUUAGUUUGGGGUACAUAUCACAAACAUAGCACAGAAUCUGAUGUUCUUGACGGUCUUCAGCCACAUGAUAAGCUUGGAGCACUGAGAAUUAUAAAUCAUGGUGGUACAACUGGCCCUAGUUGGUUGUCUGGUGACAUUAGCAUCAAAAUGUUGGGGUCUAUCCACCUGGAGGGUGUGUCUUGGGGCACCUUUCCACCUUUUGGGCAGCUAUUGCAUCUCACAUCACUCACAUUGAUCAACAUCUCUGUACUUCAUGAGAUCAAACCUGGUAUUUUUGGUGUUACAGACAAAAGCUUUGAGCAUUUGAAGCGGGUAGUUCUUGGUAAUUUGCCUGAAUUUAUCGAGUGGAUUGGGGGUGCUAAUGUCCAUUCUUUUUCAAGGUUGGAAGACAUCAGUUGCAGAGAUUGUCCCAAUCUAUGUGCAGUGCCCUUUCUGGAGUGCUCUGUCUCUUAUGCCAAUCUAACACAUUUUUGUAUUGUUGGUUGCCCGAAGUUGUCGCUGCCCCCAAUGCCACACACAUCCACACUGAAAUUACUGAAAGUGGGACUUAGUUCCACCGAUCUGUAUUAUGAUGAAAGGGGCAUGGUUAUCAAUGGGUACAGUGGUGGGCUGGCCUUUCAUAACCUGCAUAAAGUUAAGAGACUGACAUUAAGAGAUGUGCCACACAUUCCAUGGACAGAGCUCAGUAAUCAGAAAUCCCUAACAAGACUAUGUGCCAUUAGAUGCGGCAUCACGUGGCACGGACUCCAAAACUUCACAUGGCUCCGAUAUGUUAUAGUAGAAGACUGUGGCAACUUCUUUCGGUGGCCCAUCGAAGCAGCUCGCGCCAACAAGUCUUUCGCUGCUUCCCUCAAGAAACUUGAUAUUGAAGGAGAGUCAAGCCUAAAGUCAAUGGCUCUGCUCUCAACGCUCACUUGUCUCACUGAUCUUAGACUAGUGAACUCUAAGAAUCUAACAGUGGAUGGGUUCAAUCCUCUCACCAGAUUAAACCUCCAUAGGUUGGUUGUCUUUAAUACAGAAGAUUGUCUUAGCCGCUCCAUAUCAGCAGAUUUGUUCUCGGAAUUGGUGGUAGCAAGGACCAACCUAUCAUUGCCUGUAGGCUCCUUCCAAUCGCGAGAACUUACAGUGGGUUGCAUCUCAGCGGUGCUUGUUGCUCCCAUCUGCACCCUCCUCGCUGCUACCCUCGAGUAUUUAGAAUUCAGGCAUGAUCAGCGGCCAGAAAGCUUCACCGGGGAGGAAGACAGAGCUCUUCAGCUCCUCACCUCCCUCAGUUAUGUCGGAUUUAUGUAUUGCCCGAAUCUGCCGACCCUUCCUCAAGGUCUACACAGCCUUCCUCAUCUUCACAACCUACAUAUCAUUGGUUGUCCUCAGAUCCGAUCUAUGCCCCAGGGGCCCUUCCCCACUACACCGCAGUUUCUAUUCGGUUCCGAGCUAAGUUCCGAGCUAUGA